AUUUCCCCCACCCAAUACAGUUUGCUUUUACAGUCCUUCUUCAACAAUGAUUCGUUCUCUCUCUCUAUCUCGCUAUUCCCAAGAUAAAAGCAACAACACAAGAGAGAGAAAAUAGGAAACAUUGAAUUAUUCUCCCAAUGAAGUUAAUCGGCGACGGAGACGGUGGCCGGAAAGUGUUGGUCGGAGUUAAAUUAGAUCCCAGGAGCCGUGAAUUGCUCACUUGGGCUCUCGUUAAGGUUGCCGAGCCUGGUGACCUUGUUAUCGCUCUCCACGUUCUCGACACCGUAACUGAGGGAACAUCGUCGUUGUUAUCGUUGGUGAAGACUUUGGAUUCGGUUCUCGCAGUAUACGAAGGAUUCUGUAAUUUAAAACAGGUUGAUCUUAAAUUGAAAGUGUGUAGAGGUGAUUCGGUUCGGAAGCUUCUAGUACAAGAGGCCAAAGCGUUAGGAGUUUCAACGGUUAUUUUAGGAACUUCCAAAUCUCAUCACACAAUUCGUUCUUCUGCAUGGGUUGCUAAGUAUUGUGCGAAGAAAUUGCAUAAAUGUGUUUCUGUUUUCGCAGUUGAUAAUGGCAAAAUUGCUUUCCAAAGAGAAGCUACUGCUCAAGAAAAAUUACAGUGGUCCUAUUUGAUUUUUACGAAUAAAAGUGUGAAGGAUUGUGGAAGUUGUGCUCUGGGUGAGAUUUCUGAAACCGAAUUUAAUCAAGGAGAGUUGCUUGAUUAUUGUGAAACAGAAAAUCCGCUUGCUUUGGUACCAUUUCAAAAACAUGAUGAUGAAUCUGUGGUUGGUGAUGAAUCCCUAGUUGGUGAUUCGAAACGGAUGAAACCUGGUUGGUCACUCAUUCGCAACGUAUUUCAUUCCAAAAGGCAUACCACCAAGUCUUCGCCGAAAAGUACAUUUGUUUUUCAACGGGGAGUGCGACAUUCCACCAGUCAUUCUUCAUCUGUAGUCUAUCCAGAUCAUAAACAAAUUAAUAUUGAUCCAAUUGAUGAUUCUACCCUGGAUGGGGAGAGUGGUGCCAUUGUACCAUACGGAUCUGCCAUUAUAUUACCUCCUCCCACCCUUUGCAGUGACGCCGAUAGCCUUUCCGAAGAAUUGUUGAUCUUACGAGAUAAAUACUCAUCUUCCUGUAGACUCUAUAGUUUGCAGGAACUUGUAGCUGCAACUGUAAACUUCUCAUCUGAAAAUUUGGUUGGCAAAGGUGGUAGCAGUGUUGUUUACCGAGGAUGUCUUUCCGAUGGUAAAGAAUUGGCGGUGAAAAUUUUGAAGCCGUCAGAGAAUGUUUUAAAAGAGUUUGCUCAGGAAGUUGAGAUUGUUACAACUUUGAAUCACAAUAACAUAAUAUCUCUAUCUGGUUUUUGUUUAGAGGGAAACCAUUUAUUAUUGGUAUAUGAUUUUUUAUCAAGAGGAAGCCUAGAAGAAAACCUUCACGGUAAUAAAAAGGACUAUAAUUCAUUUGGCUGGCAAGAGAGGUACCGGGUGGCUGUGGGUGUAGCCGAGGCCUUGGAUUAUCUGCAUAACGGCUGUGCUCAAUCUGUAAUCCAUAGGGAUGUCAAAUCGUCUAAUAUCCUUCUUUCAGAUGAUUUUGAGGCUCAGCUCUCAGAUUUUGGACUGGCUAGUUGGGGUUCUUCUUCUUCCCAAAUUAUUUGUACUGAUGUUGCUGGAACUUUUGGGUACCUAGCUCCGGAGUACUUCAUGCACGGUAGAGUAACUGACAAAAUUGAUGUAUAUGCUUUUGGGGUUGUACUCCUUGAGCUUCUAUCCAAUAGGAAGCCCAUUAACAAUGAACGCCCAAAGGGCCACGAGAGCCUUGUUAUGUGGGCAACAUCAGUCUUGAAAAGUGGAAAGAUUUCCCAGUUGCUUGACCCAAGCCUUGGCAGUGAAUACAACAAUUGCCAGAUCAAGAGAAUGGUUUUGGCUGCUACUCUUUGUAUUAGACGAGUUCCUAGAUUGCGACCUCAAAUUGGAGUUAUACUGAAACUUCUUCACGGUGAUGAAGAAGUAACAAGAUGGGCAGAACAAGAAGUUUGUGCACCAGAAACACAUGAUGGAUUUGAUGAGGAACUAUUUCCAACAAAUAUUCAGUCCCACCUUAACCUUGCACUGCUGGACUUGGAGGAUGAUGCAGUUUCUAUCUGUAGCACUGAGCAGUGUGUCUCGUUGGAAGACUAUUUGCGAGGAAGAUGGAGUCGCAGUUCAAGUUUUGACUAACCACUUCACCACGGCAUCUUUUAGGAAUCAAAUGUGUGUUUUGUUUAUAUUAUUUUGUUUUCUUAGGUUAGAUUUUCGAAAUUUUACGGUACCACGGAUUGGGUCUUGGAAGAGAGGUCCAAAGAGUAUCCCCCUCCUUGACUUUUGUUGCUACGUUUCAGUUCGUGUUCUACAGAAAGAUUUUAACAGAAGCCUUUUGGCAUUUCUGGAACAAUUUCUAGCUGGUUAACAUGUAGAUUUGGAUUAUAAAAAAUGAGGAGUAUAUAUUUCUGCAACAAAAAACGGCCUCUUGCUUCUUAGUUCAAUGGUGUUGUAUCCAAAAUCCACUUGGACCAUUGGUGUGUCAUGGUUGAAACAUGAGUUACAUGACAGACUAUCUAUCCUUUUUUAACUGAUACCAUUUUUCUUACCGUUGAAACAUGGCUCGCUCUCUGUAAUUUAUAAAUGUAACCAUUCCUUAUUGCUGUGAUCGAAA